UGUGAAGUUCACAUUGACUGGACUCCGGAUUCCAGCCAGAACUGUUGUGUUUGCGGACGUUAAGAUGCUCAGAUCCUGCUGGAUUCGAUCUCUGGCGUCUGCUACUAUACCUGCAAACUGCAGUCUGCUCAGUGGAGCUUUCUUUAAAAAAGACAGAACUUCGAGUUUCACUGUCUCUGUAGGGCGGGAUUGUGGACACACACCUACACACACUGACAGCUACUAUAGACUUCUACACUGCACUGCGUCCCAGGACAGAAUCAGGAUUUGUGCAGCAGCCCGUUUCAGUAUGGCGUCCGGUAGCAAUGGACGAGAGAGUUUGCACCCACCAAAACACACAAAUCGCCUGAACAAAGAGAAAUCCCCAUACCUACAGCAGCAUGCCCAUAACCCUGUGGACUGGUUUCCCUGGGGUCAAGAGGCCUUCGACAAAGCAAAAAGUGAAGAUAAACCCAUUUUUUUAUCAGUGGGCUACUCGACUUGUCACUGGUGCCACGUCAUGGAGAGAGAGUCAUUUGAGGAUGAGGAGAUUGGCAAGAUCCUCAGUGACAAUUUUGUUUGUAUAAAGGUUGACAGAGAGGAGAGACCUGAUGUGGACAAAGUCUACAUGACAUUUGUACAGGCGACUAGUCAAGGCGGUGGCUGGCCAAUGAGUGUUUGGCUUACUCCAGAUCUGAGACCAUUUAUUGGGGGCACAUACUUCCCUCCAAAAGACCUGGGGAGGAGACCUGGAUUUAAAACCGUGCUUAUGCGUAUUAUGGAGCAGUGGCAGGAAAACAGAGAAGUGCUUGAGUCCAGUGGGGAACGGGUGAUGGAUGCUCUGCAGAAGGCCACAGCCAUUUCUGCUCAUGCAGAAGAAACUCUACCCUCAGCUCUAGAUGUGGCUCACAGAUGUUUCCAACAGCUGGCUCACUCAUAUGAGGAGGAGUAUGGAGGAUUCAAUGAUGCACCCAAGUUCCCCACGCCAGUGAACCUAAUGUUCCUGAUGUCAUACUGGUCUGUAAAUCGUGCCUCCUCGGAGGGAGCAGAGGCACUGCAGAUGACUCUCCACAGCCUCCGAAUGAUGGCUUUAGGGGGAAUUUAUGACCACGUGGCUCAGGGUUUUCACAGAUACUCUACGGACUCGUCUUGGCAUGUGCCCCACUUUGAGAAGAUGCUGUAUGAUCAGGCCCAGCUGGCAGUGGCCUACAUCACUGCAUAUCAGGUGUCCGGUGAGCGCUUAUUCGCAGAUAUGUCCCGCGAUGUGUUGCACUACGUCUCCAGAGAUCUUAGCCACCAGUCUGGUGGCUUCUACAGCGCUGAGGAUGCAGACUCUUUGCCCACGGCUGAGUCCACCGAGAAGAGAGAGGGAGCGUUCUGUGUGUGGACAGCUGCGGAGAUCAGGGAGCUGCUCUCAAACACGGUGGUGGAGGCCACUGGGGGUGCAACACAAGCUGACAUCUUCAUGCAUCAUUACGGUGUUAAAGACCAAGGCAACGUACAGCCAGAGCAGGAUCCACAUGGAGAGCUGCAGGGUCAGAAUGUGCUGAUCGUGCGUUAUUCAGUGGAGCUCACUGCUGCGCACUUUGGCCUGAGUGUGAACAAGCUGACUGAAGUGCUGGCCAGUGCCAGAGCCAAACUGGCCGAUGUGCGCGGAUCACGGCCUCCACCUCACCUGGACACUAAGAUGUUGGCCUCAUGGAAUGGGCUGAUGCUGUCAGGAUUUGCCCGAGUGGGGGCAGUAUUAGGAGACCAGACUCUGCUUCAGAGAGCAGAACAGACUGCACAGUUUCUCCGAAAGCACCUGUGGGAUGAAGAGGGACAGCACAUGCUGCACUCGUGUUACCGAGGCGACAACAUGGAGGUCGAGCAAACUGCCUCGCCAAUUUCUGGGUUCCUGGAUGACUACGCUUUCGUGGUGAGUGGUCUCCUGGAUUUGUUUGAAGCUACACACACAGUUCAGUGGCUUCAAUGGGCUGAGAAGCUACAGAACAGGCAGGACCAGCUCUUCUGGGAUGCCCAGGGAAAUGGCUACUUUUGCAGUGACCCUUUAGACCCCACCAUACUCCUGUCCCUCAAACAGGAUCAGGAUGGUGCAGAACCCAGUGGAAACUCUGUCUCUGCAAUGAACCUGCUGCGCCUCUCCCACCUGACGGGCCGACAAGAGUGGAUGCAGCGCUCUCAGCAACUGCUGACUGCCUUCUGUGAUAGGCUAUUGAAGGUGCCAAUUGCCCUGCCUGACAUGGUCCGUGGCCUCAUGGCACAUCAUUACACGUUUAAACAGAUAAUCAUCUGUGGCCAGCCUGAUGCAGAGGACACAGCCAGUCUCAUUGCCUGUGUCAACUCCCUAUUUCUUCCCUAUAAAGUUUUGAUACUGGCAGACGGUAAUACAGAAGGUUUCCUCUACGAGAAGCUGCCUGUCCUCUACUCAUUGAUUCAGCAAGAGGGUAAAGCCACAGCGUAUGUGUGCCAGGACUUCACCUGCGCCUUGCCUGUCACAUGCCCACAGGAGCUCAGGAGACUCCUGCUAGAUUAAUGAAUGAUCAGCUGAAGUGGCAUUAUAGGUUGUCGCUGGUGGGGACAGUCACUUUUUUUUUCACGUGUGUCAUAAGGACACCGGUCAAGAAACAGUGGCGAAAUACUGAGAUUAUAAUGAAAAAAUGGGUUCAUUAGAAAAACUGCUCUCUAUUGCCUUCUCACACGUAAACAUACCCUAUACCCAAUUAUUAGCAGAAAGUGCUCUGAGAUUUAAUAACCAAACCAAGUAAAUGCAUUGAGUGUGACAGGGAAUAUAUCAGCUAAAUGCUCUUAAUACACCAGCAUGUUGUAUUCGACCUGUCUGUACAAUAAACCUGAUCCAACUCUUGUUCAAUCCCAUUCUACUCUUCCACACAAGAUUUCGCGAUCAAUAUUUAAAGCAGUGAAUGAUACAAUGCAUGCAUAAACUGAGGUCUAGCUUGAAAGAAUACUGAAAAAUCUCACUGAAUAGCAUUCUUCUAGCAUGCAUUCUGUGUUUUGUGUGUGCCUGCUGCUUAUUAUCUAUUGAUGGAUAGAAUUUAACAUGAAGACAUUCUAUUAGUAUGGCUGGGAUUCAUAAUUUAAAAGGUGCCUCAGGAGCAUAACUCACAUUACUCUGAUACAGUUCCAGUUUCUUUGCACUGACGCAAGUGUUGUGUAAUAUGGAAAGACAGAAUUAAGUAUUUUGUUCAAUCUCAUUCUUUCUCUAUAUUAAGGCCAUUCUCAUAAUUUUUCUCAUCUGAUGUCUGAUCUGGACUUCAUGUGGUUAAUAUGAGCUUAGGGCUUUAGUGUGAUGUGAAUGUCAGACAGCAACAGCUGUGAGUAAACAAAUGCAAGGACAUAGAAAACAAUGAAUAAAACUCUGGCAUUAUGUCUCUGCCACAAUCUUUUCUCCAUAGAAACAGAACAAGAGGCAGGCAGAAAAUCUGCCCUACCCAUGAAUAAUAGCACAGAGAGUAGAACCAGACAAAUUUGCCAUCAGUGGGUGCUGAUUGUCACUGCCAACUCCCUCCCUGGCAUCUCAGAAUCCGCUGGGAGCCACGUUUCCCAGUAAAUGUGAGCUGGCAAGCAAGCUUCCACAAAGGAAGCAGGUAAGGAGGGGCUGUGUUCUAGUUCUGUCCUGUCGUCUUUUCAGUCAAUGCUCAUCAAGAGUCAGUACAGCUCAGCUUUACUCACAUCUUCCACAUCAGUUUUUUUCUAGCACAGUUCCUCAGCUGGUUUGAUAAAGUGCAGUGCUUUCAUUGAUGCCCAUUCCUUUAGAAAUGUAUAAAACACUGAAAAUGUCACUCUAAAUAUAUUCCACAGAGGAUAAGGGGGAACAUAGACCACACUUUGUAAUACAUUCUUUUUAUCCCUAAGUUUAUCUACUUUUUCCUUUUUAUAAAGAAAUGGGUUCACUGUUUUAAUAAAGCAUGGCAUGGAAACACAUA